UCGGCGUAAUUUUUGUCCCUACUGCGAACGGCCUCACGCGAAAUUGACCAGGCAUCUUCAGCGGGCACACGCGACGGAGUUUGAUGUCGCGAUGGCCCUCAUGAAACCGGUGCGCUCUCUCCAAAGGCGGAGAGCACUAUGUGCUUUGGCAAAGUUGGGCAAUUAUCGUCACAACAUAGCGGUCAGAUCUGGGGAGAAAAGAGGGGAGCUUGUCGCGUGUAACAGGGCUCGUACACUGAAAUCCGGAGAUGACUAUCUGGCGUGUAACGUUUGUAAGGGGUUCUUCCUCCGUGCGACCUUGUGGCGACACAAGCGUGUGUGCAACCCUACAGGAGGCGGAAGAGUCCAGGCCGCCGCCAGAGCAGCGAUGCCAUCGAACAGCGCGACCUCUUCAAAGCUUCGCAAAGUGCUCGACUGUAUGUGCAUUGAUAGUGUGUCCUUGCUCUGCAAAACAGAUGACACCAUUCUUUUGUUCGGCGAGUAUCUUUGCGCUAAGCUAGGCACCGAGAACAAGGAUGUACAAAACAUCAGGAACAGGAUCAGGGAGCUGGGAAGGCUGUUGGAAGUGCUGAGAACGAAGGACCCAGCGGCGAAGCUGAAAGACUUCAUCGAACCACGACGGUUUUCGGAACUGACCACAGCCGUUCGUGAAAUGUGUGGGUUCAGCUCGGAGAGCCACAAGUAUGCCACGCCUUCUUUGGCGCUGAAAAUCGGACAGAGCAUGAAAGUAUGCGCGGAGCAGAUCCUGGCUCAGCAGAUCGAAAGUGGCAACGAAACGUCACCGACAAGGCAGUUCAUUGAAUUGUACAACCUUCAGUGGACUAAGCAAGUAUCGCGACACGCUCUUGUAACUCUGCAGGAGGCGAAGUGGAACAAAGUAGAAACGAUGCCUGUAGCAGCCGACAUACAGCUGGUGCAUCGCUACCUGGACAAUGAAACGGAACUCAAAGUUGCUGAACUCACAAACGAUCCCACCCCAGCAACCCACAAAGCUGUGGCAGAGCUGGUACUCGCGCGCCUUAUAAUGUUUAACAGAAGGAGGCAAGGCGAGGCGUCGGCGAUGACGAUCGACGCUUACCAAAAAGCUACCUCAUCUGACGGCACAAAUCACCCUGAGGUUACCAGCUCCCUGAGCAGCUUUGAACAGCACUUGGCAGGAAGUCUACUCAGAGUCGUUAUCCGAGGAAAGAAGGGUCGCGGAGUGCCGAUGCUGCUGACACAGGAGAUGCGAAGGACCGUCGACAUCUUGCUCGAGCAUCGGGAAGCAGCGGGCGUUGGCGCGUCGCAGUAUGUGUUUGUCAACUCCAUGGCGUCAGACGACAGGCCUCUCAGGGGGAAUGGGAGCAUGGAGAGGCAAGAGUCUCGUCUAUCCAGGCAGGCGCUGGCGUACGUCGCUGGGUACGUGGCCGCUAAGUGCGCCACAGUGGACAGCACGCUCGGCAAGAUCACGUCUGAUGCCAGCGAGGUGCCCCGUGACGAGCGCUACGCCUGGAUUGACACAAUCAGUCGCGGCGGCCUCACGGUGCCCAGCGCGUGGUGGCUCGAACAAGUUGAGCAGCUGGAGGAACUGUUCACCACCAAGCACGGAGGAGAUAUCGACCGCGGCCCCGGCGUCGUCAGGCAGCUUGCCGAGGCUGCUGCACGGAAGUUCCCGCAGCUGCAUCCACGCGUACUGAGGAGGUACGCUAUGACUAGGACGCAGCUGUGA